AUGGAGUCCAGUAAAAAACAACAAGAAGACACGCAAUAAUUUACUUCAAAUCUUAUAACAUAAAUUUAAGAGGAAUCUAAAGGAGGAGAUAAUCUCGAGCAAACCGAUCCAGUUUCCUUUUUAGAAAGAGAAUUACAGAUUAAAAUUGAUGCUGAUUCAAAAGAGGAACUCAGACUGAGUGUAGCUAAUGAGAAUUCAUACAAGGAAAAAGUUAAGAAACUUCUUGAAACUUUGAGGGAGAAGCAUACUGGAAACUACAAAGUCUUGAAGAAGAUUGAUAAUCUCUAUCCCCUUUAUGAUGCCCAUGAUUUCUGGGAUUCUUAACCAGUUCCCAAGGCUUAUGAUGUUUUCGAUAACUCAUUGAUAGACAAGCCAAUCGAUAAGAUUAAGACAGUAGCUGAAGUAAGGCAAGACCCAUACCCACUUCCUGCUGGAUUUGUCUGGGCAGAUAUUGAUAUUUCUAAUAGAGAGCAAGCAUAGGAAGUAUACGAGCUCUUAACAUAGAAUUAUGUAGAGGAUGAUGAUAAUAUGUUCAGAUUUGAUUAUUCAAUUGAUUUCUUAUAAUGGGCAUUGACUGUACCAGGCUUUCAUAAAGAGUGGUUAUUCGGAGUAAGAGGAGGAAAGAAGAAUAGAUUAUUCGGAUUUAUCUCCGGUAUUCCAGUUGAUUGUGUAGUCCGAGGAAAUAAGAUAAAGAUGGCAGAGAUCAAUUUCCUUUGUGUUCACAAGAGUCUUAGAACAAAGAGAUUAGCUACAGUCCUUAUUAAAGAGGUAACAAGAAGAGUAAACCUCCACGAUAUUUGGCAAGCAGUUUACACUGCUGGAGUUUUGAUUCCAUUACCAAUAGCAAAAACAACCUACUGGCACAGAAGUUUGAAUCCAAAGAAACUAGUUGAAGUUGGAUUCUCAUCUCUACCCUCAGGAACUCCAAUGGCUAGAUACGUAAAGAUUUUAAAGCUACCAACUGAGACAUCAAUCCCAGGACUUAGAGAAAUGACUAAGAAAGAUAUUAGCGUCGUAUGCGAAUUGCUAAAUACAUAUCUUACAAGAUUUGAGGUACAUCUUGAAUUUUCAAAUUCAGAAGUUGAGCACUUCCUCAUUCCUAGGCCAGGUGUUAUUGACACUUAUGUAGUCGAGAAUCCAGAGACUAAGCAAGUCACAGAUUUCUUCUCAUUCUAUCACCUCCCAUCCUCAAUUCUAAAGCAUGAGACUCAUAAGAUAUUGAAUGUUGCUUAUGCCUACUACAAUGUUUGCAACACGGUUAGUUUUGAAGAACUAAUGAGAAAUGCUCUGAUUAUUGCUAAAUAAAAGAACUUUGAUGUAUUCAAUGCCUUAGAUAUUAUGGAGAAUGAAAAAAUAUUAAAGGAACUCAAGUUUGGUGUUGGAGAUGGUAAUCUUCAUUAUUAUCUAUACAACUGGAGAAUUCCAGAAUUAAAAUCCCCUCAAUUGGGUAUAGUGCUUGUUUGA